ACUCAACAGCAACACACGCUUCAAGUAAAGUCACCACCAAGCAUCUCGAAAUGGCAUUCAAGUUCAUCGCACUCUUCGCUCUGAUCGCCGCCGCCAGCGCCGGUCUGUUGCCCGCUGCUCAGGUCUACCACGCAGCUCCCUCUGUGGCUCACUAUGCCGCUCCAGCUCUAGUCAAGACUGUGGCACCCGUUGCUGUGGCCCAGCACGUGAUCGCCAAGCACGACGAUGAGUACGAUCCCCAUCCCCAGUACAAAUUCGCCUACGAUGUGCAGGACUCGCUCUCCGGCGACUCAAAGAGCCAAGUUGAGGAGCGCGAUGGCGAUGUGGUGCGUGGCGAGUACUCGCUGGUGGAUGCCGAUGGCUACAAGCGCACUGUCCAGUACACCGCUGAUCCCAUCAACGGCUUCAACGCUGUUGUCAACCGUGAACCUCUUGGCCAUGUUGUGAAGACUGUUGCUGCCGCUCCAGCUGUCGCCCACUACGCCGCCCCAACUGUGGUCAAGACCGUUGCUCCAGUUGCCCACUACGCUGCCCCAGCUGUUGUCAAGACUGUGGCUCCAGUUGCUCACUAUGCCGCUCCAGCUUACACCAGCUACGCCGCUCCCUCGGUCCAUGUGGCCCAUCACUACUAA